AUGAUGAAUGAAUACGAGAGUCCAGGAACAUCGCAAAGCAACUCAUUCGAGUUUGCCGUGUCAGCGGAUCCGAAUCGAGUCAAUCAGCCAUCGCCGAUUCCACCGCAAGAGCAAAAACGCUAUGCGAACUAUAUCAACUCGUGGGUGAAUAAUGGCUAUCUUCGCGUUAACAUGACAUCGGAGGAAGUGGAAGAACCGGUGGCUCCGCGAGCAGAAUUGCAUUUCUCCAACGAGAUUCCCGAUGCGACGGUGUUUUCGGGAAAACUUAAGAAGCGCGCCGAAAAGAUCGCAUUAUUUCAAAAGCUACGCGAUGAAGCGAUUAAAAUGGUGAAUUCAAUUAUGCUGCCAGGCCAACUGGAAACAGACACUCUGGAGUUGGUAUUAAGUAACAGAGACAUUAGCGAGAGGCAAUCUGAAGUCAUGGAAAGAAGGCUUCGAAAUUAUCGGCUUUUCGAGACGAUUGGACAUAUAAUCAAAGUUGUCGAUUUAACAAAACGGGGUGCUGUAUUCCGCAAGAAUUUGAGAUAUGUAUUGUUUUCAAUAAAAGACAUGGAAGAGGACGAUAUGGUUGUGUUUCAGAUAACCAUGUCUUUUUUUCAUGAUCAAUUCUUGAAUGAAGUUCAACGAUAUGAACUAUUAAAAAAUGCCACCGAACGAUGGCUUCUAGGCGGAAAUAUUUUUGAGAAUUUCGUUGAGGAAACGAAUAAAAUAGUUUUUCGGGCAGAUGCUUCACAAGCAAAUGAAAUAGUCCUGAUGGAACGUCUUAUGAAUGUGUCCAUCACCGACUUCAUUAUAAAGAUAAUGGAAGAAUCGACGAAAUGCAUCUUGUAUGAGGAUCUGCACUUAGAGAGAAACCAAUUUGAAGAAUAUAUCGCCAGGGAUGCAAUCAAGAGGGUCGAGGUCGCGAGGCGCGAGUUGGCCCGACAGACGGAAAUUGCCAGGCAGGCGGAACUCGAGAGAUAUGCGGAAUCGGAUAGAGAGACAGAACAGGCGACACAGGAUCAAAUCGACAAGCAGGAAAAGUUGGCCAGACAAGUGGAGCUGGAGAGACCGGCGGAAUUGGAAAGAUUGACUGAACUAGUGAGGCAAGAAAAAUUAGCGAGACAAGCCAAACUCGAGAGACUAGCUGAGAUCGCAAGACAAGAGGAGCUGGCCAGACAAGCUGAACUCGAGAAACAGGCUGAGAUAGUCAGGCAACAGGAGCUGGCCAGACAAGAGGAGCUGGCAAGACAAGCCGAACAGAAGAGACUGGCUGAGAUCGCAAGACAAGAGGAGCUGGCAAGACAAGCCGAACAGAAGAGACUAGCUGAGAUCGCAAGACAAGAAGAACUGGCAAGACAAGCUGAACUUGAGAGACAGGCAGAGUUGGCCCGACAGGCGGAGCUGGCCAGGCAAGAGGAGCUGGCCAGACAAGCCGAACUGAAGAGACUGGCUGAGAUCGCAAGACAAGAGGAGCUGGCCCGGCAAGCUGAACAGAAGAGACUGGCUGAGAUCGCAAGACAAGAGGAGCUGGCAAGACAAGCCGAACAGAAGAGACUAGCUGAGAUCGCAAGACAAGAAGAGCUGGCCAGACAAGCUGAACUUGAGAGACUGGCUGAGAUCGCAAGACAAGAGGAGCUGGCCAGGCAAGCUGAACAGAAGAGACUGGCUGAGAUCGCAAGACAAGAAGAGCUGGCCAGACAAGCUGAACUUGAGAGACUGGCUGAGAUUGCAAGACAAGAGGAGCUGGCAAGACAAGCCGAACAGAAGAGACUAGCUGAGAUCGCAAGACAAGAGGAGCUCGCAAGACAAGCUGAACUUGAGAGACUGGCGGAGCUGGCCAGGCGGAAAGAAGAAGCCGAAUGUCGAGCUGAAUUUGAUCGCAACGUCAUUUUCUUUUUAAACAAUUUAAUAAAUAUUUCUUAUGAAGAAAUUGAGCGCACUCAAGCGCUGAGCGAUGACGUAGUAUGUUCGUUGAACGAUGUUCGAAAUUUGAAAAUUUCUGAAAAAUCCAUGAAGUCCUUUGACAUUGCUUUAGACGAGUUGUCCGCGAUGGAACAAAAAAGCGGAGCUCAAAAAACUCUUGAUACAGUCGUUGAUUUGAUAACAAGUGCCGAAACGGUCAUAAACGACAUUAUUGAAGAUAUCGAAGAAAACGAGGCGAUUGCAAAAGCGAAAUGCCAUUCAAUUAUUUAUCAUCUUUUGGAGAAAAAUAAGGAAUUGGAUGAAUUGUCUCGAAAGUGCUCAUUGAAAGUUCUAAUGGAGAUGAUGGAGACGCCGAACAACGAGGACGAUGCUGAUGAUGAUGUCACAAUGGAAGAUAUUUGGAGGCGUGCCAAGAAUUUGAAACACAUCAAUCGAACACGGAUUGGAGUUUUGUUGGAUUCGUUGAUGGGCAAUAGCGAAGAGGCCGCGUUCGCCAUAAAUGUGGAAAUUGCAAAACGACGUCAGGCUGUACUCGAUUACAUCGACGUCGAGAAUGUCGAUGGUUAUGAAGACGAGGAAGCAGUAGAGAAUUUCGAGGAAGAUGCUGAUAACGAAAUGGUCUUUUUGCCGAUUUACCAAGGAAUCGAUAUUGCAUCAAAUGAGGACAUUUGGUGUGGAGUUGACGUCGUGGAAGAAGAUAAAAAAGAAGAUCAUGAUGAGGAUUUGGAAUCCUUGAGUGACCAUGAGCCAGAGCUUGCCAAUGAUGGGCUUCUCUAUGAGAAAGAGCUCAACGCGAUCAAUAUUCCAUUUUCAAGAAUGUUGAAGCAAACUGAAUGCUUGAAUAAGGUGGAAAUCAAAGUUAUCUUCAAAGGAGAGAUUGAUCGUCAAAUGAAAAAUUGCUCGGAAGUAGUUUGUUCCGAUAAUCAAACUAUCAAGGAGGAGAAGAUCAAAAAUUUGGAUGAAGCUGAAAUGAAUAAGAAUCUGAUUCAAGAAAAUAUCCACGAGAUUGUUGAAGCUAAACAGACUGAAAAAGCUGAAAUGAAUAUUGAAGAAUUGACUCAGGCUGAGGUCGAGCCAGCUGAAGCUGAUAAGAAGACACAUCCAGAGGUCCAGAAGCUAACCGAAAAACAGACUGAGGUCCAGAAGCCAACCGAAAAACCGACUGAGGUCCAGAAGCCAACCGAAAAACCGACUGAGAUUCAGAAGCCAACCGAAAAACCGACUGAGGUCCAGAAGCCAACCGAAAAACCGACUGAGGUCCAGAAUCCAACCGAAAAACAGACUGAGGUCCAUGGGCCGAUUGAGAUUGACUUGACAGAGCUGGAAGAGUCAGACUUUAUUCACACUCUGGAAUUCCAGCAAAAGGAAAGUGCGCCAUAUGAAAUGAUCGAAUCGUUCGUUGGCAAGAAGGAAGCCAAAGACAAUACAGCGGGCGAAGCAACGAAUUCGCAUCAGAAUUACUCCCCGGCGUCUCAAAAUACCGCCAUACCGCUGAAAUUAUAUAAUAGCCAUAUGAUUAAUGCAAAAUCGCCAAUGAUUUACAAUUGUUUCACUGGAAAAUGGGAAGCUCCUCCAGAGAAAUCAUUGCGUCAACAAAUUGGGAAUAUCACGAUCGGCUCCACCGAGCCCUUUACCAUAAACAAUGUUCCGGUGAAAUUUGCGGAGACUCGUAGUGUCGAGUUCCUUGAAAUUAUGCCAAACGACCCGAUUGAUUAUUGUGAUAGUGUGUCAAAUGGGAUCAUCGAAUUCGGUGAAGUAGUGAUGGAAAAUGAACUCGACGAUUUUUGCGAGAUCGUCGCAACUGUCUCGAGGAAAAGAAAAACGCCGGUGAAAAAUGCCGAAAAGGCGAAACGACGAAGAUCCUCAGAGGAUACCGACGAAGACUAUGUUUAUGAAGACGACGAGGACGACGACGAUGAAUAUGAAAGGGAAAUGAGAAGGAAGAGGAGGAAUAACAUGAAGAAGAAGAAGAAGGGCAGUGCAUCGUCGCUAAGAAAGCGCAAAGCCGAUAUGAUCGAGCCGGAAGACGUCAAACAAGAAACUCCCAAUGAAGAGCAGCAAACCGAAAGUAUGAAAUCUCGAAUUCUCAAGAAACUUCAAAAACCAACUCGAACGCUGACGAGUUCGAGAACGCCUCAGCAGACCAAGAUUGGUGAUAAAGAAAUCAAAAAGGAAAUCGAGGAUCCAAUAGAAGAGUCGUCUGGAAUGCAAUUGAUGAAUUAUGGAAAUAAGGCGAAAGUAGAUGUUGAGGGUCACAUGGAAGGUGGAACGUUUGCUAAGCAACUCAUGAAAAAGUGUUUGACUCGUGGAAAUAAGAAUCCGAAAAGAGUCGUGUCAAUGUUUGGGUCUAACCAAUUAACCAUAAUCAUCAUGCAUAAUUACUGGGGUAUUUCACCGCUUUUUGACCGUGGCGACAAUUUUGGCAAGUCGAUGAAGAGAAGCUACGAAGUUCAAGGUGCUCGCCCACGCGCCAACCGUCACCAUCGGCGCGUCAACGGAAUGGUCCGUUUAGCAGUGACAGGAACCGCGCAGCGUUCGCCAUCGCCGAUGCCGUUUCGCCGUCAAUUCCGUCCCGCUUCGUACCGUGGAGACGCACACGGCACCAACAAUAACAACAACAACGACGACGACGACGACAGAGGUCAUGAGGAGAACCGUCCGCCGGUCAACCCUGUCGUCAUCCCUGAGAAUCCCCGAGAGCCGAGGGUCGCACCAUUAGACUCCAUAAGACUCGCGGUGCCGCACGUCUACGCAGCCCCAUUGCAUGUUCAGAUCGCUGAAGCCGCUGCCGCCGUCGGCGCCGAAUGCGAAGUGGCUGCCUCUGCCGCCGCCGAUCAGCCGCGCCCACGCCGCGUGGUGACACCGAUCGUGCGCAACCUUAUUCGCCAAAAAUUGGAGUUCCAAAAAGGAUUGGCAAGCCAGGAAGAGGACGCUUCCCCGCCGUCCGUCGCGCCACAAACCGAUCGCGCUGAAAGCGAUGACGAGGAUAUGGAUUCCGAGGAGGAGCGCGUCGUCUGA